CUCCACCCCAGGACAUGAUGCCUUAUUUGGGACUAGGUGGGUGGAUAGAUGGGGACAGCGCAGUGACUGACUGGCAGGGUUUAACCCCCUCCUGCUUCUCCCCCACCCCCUCCCCUCUCUCCUCCCUCUUCUCACCCCCCCACCCCCUCCCUCUAACCUCCAAAAGGGGAAUUUUCCAGCUGGUAAUUUCUGCUGCGUCAACACCCAGCUCAAGGGAGUGGAGAGGAGACAAGGGGGCAUUUUAACAGCAGCUCCACUUCACAAAAUAACAAGCCCUUCCAUUCUGAUCUGAGCAUUAUUAUUUAUUUAUUUUUUUAAAAAAAGCCUUUAAAAAUAAGCAUCUGUGGAAGUUGGACCAAGAGUUUGUCAAGAGAGAGUGGCUCAGAACUGCUUGAAAGAAAGGGAUGAGAGUGUGCAGAAGCAGUAGCACAAAUAUUUCUAAAUGAAUAAUCGAAAGGAAGACAUGGAGAUUGCCUCCCACUAUCGUCAUCUGCUUCAAGAACUCAAUGAACAAAGACAGCAUGGUAUCCUCUGUGAUGUUUGUAUUAUAGUGGAGGGAAAGAUUUUCAAGGCUCACAAAAACAUUUUACUUGGGAGCAGCCGCUACUUCAAGACGCUGUACUGCCAGGUGCAGAAGACCUCUGACCAGGCAACAAUUACACAUUUAGAUAUUGUAACAGCACAGGGCUUUAAAGCUAUCAUUGACUUCAUGUAUUCGGCACACCUUGCAUUGACCAGCAGGAAUGUUAUUGAGGUGAUGUCAGCUGCUAGCUAUCUCCAGAUGACUGAUAUUGUGCAAGCUUGUCACAAUUUCAUAAAGGCCGCUCUUGACAUAAGCAUAAAGUCUGAUGCAUCAGACGAUCUUAUUGAUUAUGAACUUGGGGCUCCUUCCAGCAGCAGUACAGAUGCUUUGAUUUCAGCGGUAGUAGCUGGUAGGAGCAUAUCUCCCUGGCUGGCUCGGCGGACAAGUCCAGCAAACUCCUCUGGUGAUUCAGCCAUUGCUAGCUGUCACGAAGGAGGAAGUACAUAUGGGAAAGAGGAUCAAGAACCAAAAACGGAUAGUCAUGAUGACAUUUCAUCCCAGUCUCUUUGGUCUAGUGAUUUGGGCUAUGGAUCCUUGCGUAUCAAAGAAGAGCAGAUCUCACCAUCUCAUUAUGGUGGGAAUGAGUUGCAGUCUACCAAAGAUGGGGCAAUGCAGAAUACUUUUUCAGAACAAGGUGCUACAGAUGGAUGGCAGCCUACAGGGCGCAGAAAGAAUAGGAAAAACAAGGACACUGUGCGCCAUAUUACACAGCAACUGGGUGAUGACAGCAGGACAAGCUCUCCAGUGCCACCUUUUCUAUCUGCCCCUGGAUGGCCCUAUAGUAGUCGAGAAGCAAGUGUAGAUCUGACAGGGGCAGAGCCCAGCAACUCUAACAACAGAAUAGAGAGAGUGGACCUUUAUGCAAAUGUUGAUGAAGCACUCCUAGGAGGUGAAGCUAGUUAUCUCUCUCAGCCUCUUACUCCAGAGAAGGAGGAUGCACUUCAGGCUGUAGCAGUUGCUAACUUGCGAGCAGCUCUUAUGAGCAAGAACAGCUUGUUGUCCUUGAAAGCUGACAUGCUGGGAGAGGAGAGUUCUCUGCUCUUUGAAUACUUACCCAAAGGCACACAUUCACUGUCAUGGCCUGGCACCAACUUGAAUCGUAUAAGGGGUGAAUGUGAUGGCAAAGUGGAAGCACCAUCUCCUCUGCUGGCUUCAUCACACCUUGCCACUCAGAGCCCCCCUGCCGUCAUCACCUCUUCUGGUGAUAUGUCACCAGAAGCUGUGAAAAGAGUGAUGCCUUCAACUCAGGUCACCUAUGAUGGAUUUCUAACAUUGUGGCAGUUAGACAGCUCUGACACAGAUAUGAAUACUUCAAAAUCUGAAGAUGUGGACUUAGGCCAUGAAGGUUUGCUCUUGGAUUCACCUGUAUGCAAGAAGCUGAGCUGUGCUUUCUGCAGGAAAAUGUUUGAAUGUGUGGAAAAGCUGAAAGAACACAUUCACGAACAUACUUUCCCUAUGAUUGUCCCUUUUGAUGUAAUCGAUUAUUCAAGGCCACUGUCGGCUGGCCUUUCUGGGCACACAUCUCCUGGUCAGUUUGCCCGUUUUCAGUGUCCAAAGUGUCCUGCAAGCUUCACAUUAAAAUCAAACAUGGAUCGGCAUGAAAAAACAAUUCAUUUCAACCGGAAGAAGAUGCAAUGUCCUCACUGCCUAAAACUGUUCCGAGACAAGACGGACUUAAAUCGGCACCUUAUGUCUGUGCACUCCAGUGAACGUGUGUUCCUGUGUCUUUUCUGCGGCAAGGGCUUUGGUACUCAGAAAAACCUCACCACUCAUAUGAAAGUUUGCUAUCUGGGUUCCACGCAGCCAGUAGCUGAAGAGCUUCUGAAUAGUAUUGAUCAAAAUCAGGAAUCUGAUGAUGAAUAAGAAAACUGUUGGGAACUGGGAGAGUGGAAUUGACAUUUAUUUUUAAACAACUAGACUGAGUCAUGCAUUCUGCUCUGUCAGCAAUCUCAGUGCUUAGUAUAGUGUAAAUGUUGUCCAAUGGUUAGGUAAUGAAAGGGAGUCAAACCUUCAUCUUCAGGUCCUGUGGCUAGGAUUUAGGAUUCAGUCAUAAAACUAAGAGGGGCUUCAUAUUUCAAGAACAGGCCAGAUUUUAUUAUUCAGGGAUAAUUUUCUUAAGACAAAAGAUUUUAAAAAUAUUUUUGUACUAUUUUUAAAGAUGGCUCUUACAGAGUACAUCCCACAAUUCUAGUAUAGUCCUCCCGGAGUAGCAGUAUAUACUGCUUAGGCCGUUUUUGGAUGUUAAUAGUAGCUUCAAAGAGUCAAAACAUUCACAAUUUUAUCUGAACUUAAAGGCAGCAUUUUUGUACAUUUGCUACAAACCAGUCUUGCACUUUGGUCACCUGGGGCAAGUAACAUGUUGCACAGAAGUGGCAAAAUGCAUUCUCUCUCUGGAGAGCUUCAUACUUACAAUCUCCAUAGCACUGUGCUAUGUUAAUGCAGGAUUCUGGUGACUGCAUGCAAGGUUCUGCUGGCCUUUUAAGACAGGCUAGAAGGGAGUGAACCUAAGACACAGAUAUAAAGGUGCUUCCAGAUGUAGGGCUUCUAGUGCUACUAAUCAAAAUAUAUUGGGCAGCUGUUCUGCCUUUUUCUCAACUGAUUUUCUGUGGUCAGAAAAAAGAUGAAAGAAGCAAUGGCAAAACAAAUAGAAGACAAUGUCCGGACCCCCUGUAAAAUUCUGUGAACGAGGCAGGGUGAUUUUCACAAUAAAAGUCUCAUCUGAAAGCAUCCUGACUGUCUCAGGGAUGUCCUGUGUGUAACACAAUGCAGCACUUAGGUAAUAUCCUUCAAGGCUUGAGUUUUCUUUUCUUGAAUUAAAGAGCUAAUAGCCCUAUAAGGCUAGAAGAGAGAAGCAGAGCCACUGCACAAUAUUAUGGCAGCGGUAAUGGGCAGGAGGUGCACAAAUGUGAACAGCAUAAAUAAGCGAAGCAAUGAAAUAGUUAUUUGUAAGGCUGCUAUAAAGGGAGACACUCUCUCCACUAUCAAAGGUUAUGGAUAUGAGCCAUAAACCUGCUUUGCAUUACUGAGAGUUGUAUUUGUUACAACAGACUAAUGAAAUGCCAGGUCUAGGAUCAAGAGUCCAGUAGACCCUGAUAACAGCAGAUGAAGCUGAUCUUAGUAUUUCAUGCAAGAUGGGAAAACCUUAAGGGGGGUCAUUGAGCUGCUUGUUCCAAUCCUUCGCAAAAAGAGCUGCUUGAAAAAACUGCCUUUUGUAAAAAUUAUAGUCUUCUACAUAAUUUCAGCAAUAAAUGUCUGACUGAUAAA